AUGUCUUCUUACUUUUGGUAGGAUGCAGGCGGAAGUCAUCACAAAGUUUCUGUUUCUCCUGUUGUCCAUGUCCGAGGACUCUGUGAAUCAGUUGUGGAAGCAGAUCUUGUGGAGGCUCUUGAAAAAUUUGGAACCAUAUGCUAUGUCAUGAUGAUGCCAUUUAAACGCCAGGCUCUGGUGGAGUUUGAAAAUGUAGAAAGUGCCAAAAAGUGCGUCACUUUUGCAGCAGAUGAACCUGUGUAUAUAGCUGGGCAGCAAGCUUUUUUCAACUAUUCUACAAGCAAAAGGAUUACUCGGCCAGGAAAUACUGAUGAUCCAUCAGGUGGAAACAAAGUUCUCCUGUUAUCAAUUCAAAAUCCUCUCUACCCAAUUACAGUGGAUGUCUUGUAUACAGUGUGCAACCCUGUUGGAAAAGUACAACGUAUUGUUAUAUUCAAGAGAAAUGGAAUACAAGCAAUGGUUGAAUUUGAAUCUGUUCUCUGUGCCCAGAAGGCUAAGGCAGCACUCAAUGGAGCAGACAUAUAUGCAGGAUGCUGUACUUUAAAAAUCGAAUAUGCAAGGCCAACUCGACUUAAUGUCAUUAGAAACGACAAUGAUAGUUGGGACUACACUAAACCGUAUCUUGGCAGAAGAGACAGAGGGAAGGGCCGCCAGAGGCAAGCUAUUUUGGGAGAACACCCUUCAUCGUUUAGACAUGAUGGCUAUGGAUCACAUGGUCCAUUGUUACCUUUACCCAGCCGGUACAGAAUGGGAUCUCGAGAUACACCAGAGCUUGUUGCUUACCCACUGCCUCAGGCUUCUUCCUCUUAUAUGCAUGGUGGCAAUCCUUCUGGCUCUGUUGUCAUGGUCAGUGGGCUGCAUCAGUUAAAGAUGAACUGUUCAAGGGUCUUCAACCUGUUCUGUUUGUAUGGAAAUAUUGAAAAGGUGAAAUUUAUGAAGACUAUUCCUGGUACAGCAUUGGUAGAAAUGGGUGAUGAAUAUGCUGUAGAAAGAGCUGUCACACAUCUUAAUAACGUCAAGUUAUUUGGCAAGAGGCUUAAUGUCUGUGUGUCCAAGCAGCACUCGGUAGUUCCCAGUCAAAUAUUUGAGUUGGAGGAUGGUACAAGUAGUUACAAGGAUUUUGCCAUGAGUAAGAAUAAUCGCUUCACCAGUGCGGGCCAAGCAUCCAAGAACAUAAUUCAGCCCCCGUCUUGUGUGCUGCAUUACUAUAAUGUCCCACUGUGUGUGACUGAAGAAACCUUCGUCAAGCUAUGUGAGGAUCAUGAAGUUCUCAGUUUUAUCAAAUACAAAGUAUUUGAUCCAAAACCUUCUGCCAAGACACUCUCUGGUCUGUUGGAAUGGGAAUGCAAGACAGAUGCAGUGGAAGCCCUUACUGUACUUAAUCACUACCAGAUAAGAGUCCCAAAUGGCUCUAAUCCUUAUACCUUGAAGCUUUGCUUCUCAACUUCAUCCCAUUUAUAGACAGAAGACAGCUUGCUAGGAGCUACAUUCAUCUUGAUUUGCAAGCUUGAAACUACAUGUCAUUCACAAGCUCUAAAGUGGUUGCUCUAAUGUUGCCUUGUCUCAACUUAAUUCUAAAAUCUUCUAUCUUGUUUUAUAAUAAAUGGAUGUUCCUUCA